UUCCAGCUCCAGUACCAUAGACCACCACCAUGUCUGGUAGGUUAGGUUAGAGUUGGGCAUAAAGUGCUUAUCUCUUGCCACAGCGUCCUUCUCGAGGACCAUAGCACAAGCCUCACAGAGACACAGACCAAAGCACUAUUACUCCUCAGAACACAGUAAACUGCUGCAACAGCCAGUGAAAACUGAGAGCACGAAAGAAGAAAAUUACAGCAAAUAAACAAAGAAAAAUGGCGAAAAGUCACUCAUGGGUGGAGCGAAACUUUUUAAUGAGGUCAUACAAAGCAGAAUGUCUGAGCAUCCACAAACUCAGGCUUCUAAUUUCCUGGCGUUCCAUUCAAAAACCCAUAAGGACUCCAUCCUGAAUAAAUUUGACACAUUGAGAAAGAAAGAUAUACUUUGCGACAUAACUCUUGUUGUGGAGGACGUGCACUUUAAGGCACAUAAGGCUCUAUUGGCUGCAAGCAGCGAGUAUUUUUCAUUAAUGUUCACUGCAGAAGACCAGGCCAGCCAAUCCAUCUACAAGUUAGAAGGCAUGGCUGCGAAGACCUUUGCAACUGUGCUUGAGUUCAUCUACAGUGCACAAGUGUCUGUGGAGGAGAGCAACACUGAGCAGCUGCUUGAUGUGGCACGUUUGCUGGAGAUCAGUGAUUUGGUGAAAGCUCAUGCAGAACUUCACUUGAGCAGCUCAGCCACAGUGCUGGAUGCUUACUCAGAGGGAGGAGGUGGUGACACAAGCACAGCUGGAAUCCAUCCGAAGCGCAAAAGAGGGCGGCCAAAGAAGAACACAAAUAACCCAACAUCAGGUUCAGUGGUUCAGGAAUUGAGCCAAAAGGAGAACGGACAUCCUGCUGAAUCACAGACUGAGACCACAAAACAAAUGACACUGGAUUCAUCUGUAGAUUUUCCAGAGACUGCAGAACAUCUGUCUGAUUCUAAUCCCUUUCCCAGGGACUCAGACGAUGCUGACUAUGACCCAAAAGAGGACAGACAACGCCAUAGCAAACGCAAAAUCAGGCAGCCGGCGAAACUAAAAAGCUACAAGCUAGGAAAUGAGAUUAAUGAAGAAACAGUGCCAGGAAAAAGGGGUAGAAAAAGGAAAUACCCAGCUACAGAGCCAUGCUGUGAUGACUGUGGCAAAGUUUUUAAAAACCAUCUGUUUUUAAAAAUACAUCAGCGAACCCACACAGGUGAGAAACCUUUCAAGUGCCACAUUUGUGGGAACUGCUUCACACAAAAACACACACUUUUGGUUCAUCAGCGCAUGCAUACUGGAGAGAAGCCCUUUGUCUGCACUAUUUGCUCUAAAGCUCUUUCCACCAAACACUCCCUGCAGGAGCAUAUGAAUCUGCAUGCAGAACAGAAAUCUUUUAGCUGUGAUCAGUGUGGGAAAACCUACAGUCAAAAGAGGCAGUUGAAGAGUCAUUACCGUGUUCAUACAGGCAAAGCACUGCCUGAAUGUACACACUGUCAUCACAGGUUUAUGGACGCAGCACAACUGAAGAAGCAUCUGAGAACACACACAGGUGAGAAGCCUUUUACCUGUGAGAUUUGUGGGAAGUGUUUCACAGCCAAAAGCACACUGCAGACACACAUCAGAAUCCACAGAGGAGAAAAGCCUUAUGUGUGCAACAUCUGCAACAAGUCCUUCUCUGAUCCCAGUGCCAGAAGGCGUCAUGUAGCCUCUCACACGGGGAAAAAGCCCUUCACCUGCUCUGUGUGUAGUCUGUCAUUCGCUCGCCUGGACAACCUGAAAGCACAUGUUAAAACUCACAACAAGGAGCGUCUGGUUUCAGAGCCAACUGAAACAACCGUGGUGGAGACCACAGCAGAAACUGAGGAGAUGCAUAGCAUCCUCCAUUUGCAGCAGUACCACCCAGAACAGGAGAUCCAGCUGGUUGUCACCAGCGAAGUGGACGACAUCAACUUGGUCCAGGGCCAGAAGCAGGCCAUCAGCAUCAUCACCACUGAAGGUACCCCUGAGGAGCUGACUGCGACUGAACAGUCCCACUCCAGCCUCACUCUCCUCACCCAGCCUUCAGGGCAUGUCCAGAACCUGGCAUUGGUCACUCAGGAUGGACUAGACCCCAGUGGCCAGAUCCAAACCAUUAGUGUGGUAGAGGGCCAGGUGAGCAGUGGCCAGUCAGAGCAAAUGCAUGUCAUCACGCUGACCAAGGAAGCUAUGGAGCAGCUACAGGUUCACCACGGAGCUCCACAACAGCUACAAAUUAGCCCACAGCCCCUUCAGCAGCUACAGGUGAUCCAGCAGGCCAUCCCACAGCUUUCUAUCGCUCAGGAGCCCCCUGCUGCCGAGGUGGAGCUCACAAGGGAGCAGCAUAGCCAGGGCCACACCGGAGCCAUCCAUAUCAGCAGCCAAACCAGCCAGCCCAUCUCCAUCAGCCAAACCAGCGAGCAGAUCCCCAGUGGUCAGAUCCAGGGACAGACAUUUCAGAUCCAAGCAGGAACAGUUUCCUACCUUUACACCACCAGCCUGGCUCCACAGAACUGAUGAGCAGUCUAAACAGGUUCAUAAAUUUUUUGGGUUUGUGCUUUCAAUUGUAAUUUGAUGGAAUCAGUGUACACUUGAUUCAAAAGUAUACACUGAUUCCUCAUCUAUGAUAUAACAUCACAGUUAUUGCCCUGCAGUAAUUGUAUUGAUGUGCUGUAUUCAUAUGGAACAGAUGUACACAUUUGAAACUGAUUCCAUAUGAACAAGACUAUUACAUCACAAUUGCAGUUGCAUACAAAAGUUUAGGUACCCUGGUCAAAUUAAUGUUUUGUUGAUGAAACAGCAAAGUGAAGCUACGUUAACACAUCCUCUGCAGAUUUUACAGACAUCUACACAUUUUAUUGCACAGUUACGGUUUAUUUGCUGAAUUUAACAUAUUGGUUAUAAAUCAAACAUAAAAUGCGGCCUGUGUAAGAGUUUUCAUAUUGUAUGUUUUAUUCUUCCAGUAUAUCACAAAUAAAUAGACAUUGUGCUGUACAAUAUGCAAUAAUAUGCCAUAUAUAAGUUUGUUCCCUGUAGAGGAUGUGUGAACUUAUUUUGACUUAGAAAAUCAACCAGUUGCGUCAUUGGACCAGGGGUUUUCAAACUAUUGCAUAUUGUCCUUCGUUUUACCUGGCAACAAGUGUGUGAAUAUUUUUUUUAUAUUUUAUUCAUAGAAAACAGAUGUAUCCCCCCCCCCAACGCAA